AUUUGUGAAAUUGUUGUUUUUGGGGUUACCCUUUACUUAUUUACAGGAAAUGACGGGAAAGCAAAAUUAAUAGGUUGAUUAUAAUUAUUGUAGAACUGCUCUAUAUAACGAUUUAUAAGAAUGUCUAUAAAUAGAUUAUUUUCAAUAUUAUCUAUAUCAACAGCAAGUAAUACACUACAUGUUAGAGGUAUACACGCAAGUGCAGCAGUUUUAGCAAGUAAACCAAACUUAGUGAAACCUAAACCAGGUUUUGGCAAAAGUUACAGAAGAAUCGUUCACUUUCCUGAGGAUUAUACAGUAAAGCCGCUAGAAGUAACCAAUUUAGCAGGAAGGGAUCCUGAAUCUGGUCGAGUUGUAGCUAAAGGUAUUGGUGGAGGCAUUAAGCAUAAAUAUCAUUGGAUUAAUUGGAUCAGAGAUGGACCAUUAGAUGGACCCCCACAACAAGAAAAAGUGAUUCAGAUAAUGGAAUGUGGUUGUAGAACUGCACAUGUGGCUCUGGUGGCUGUAGGAGAUAAACUAAAAUAUAUACUCGCUACUCAAAAUAUGAAGGCUGGCGAUAUUAUCAGAACUUCUAGACAUUUACCUAGGAUACCGGUGCGUGCCAAUGAAGGUGAUGCGUAUGUAUUAGGCGCUCUUCCCACUGGUACUAUAGUGCAUUGUAUAGAAAAAGAACCAGGUCAGGGUGGGUUGUAUAUUCACGCAGCAGGAACAUCUGGAACAAUAUUAAGGAGACAAAACGACAGGAUUAUUGUACAGAUGCCAUCGAAGAGACUGUUUAGUUUUGAUGAGCACUGUAUGGCUGUAGUUGGUCGCCUUUCAAAUGAAGAUCACGGAGACACGCCUAUAGGUUCUGCACAGCGCAACCGUUGGCUCGGAAACCGGCCACGAUCAGGAUUAUGGAAGAGGAAGGACGGCAGACACGGAAGGAAAAUCAGACCACCAAAGCCAGUCAAGGAAAUAAAGAACCCUGAGAAGUUUAGGUUACCAGCAAUGAAAUUGACUAUGGUGCCGUGAUUUACGAAGCAAUAAAAUACUAUUUAUAGUAGAAUGAAUAAAGUGUUUGGAAUCUUAA